AUGUUAACAACACCUUUAGUACCUACAAUCACAGCUUUGUCAAAUACAACAUUACCACUACCCCCAACUACUACUACAACUCCAUUACCAACAACCACAACCACAACAACAAUACCACCAACAACCUCUACUACUACCAUCAGAUCCUUACCAACAACAAUAAGCUUUAUAGUAAUAACAAACACAACACUUGUAUCUACGGCCGUUCCUUGUGGUACUUGGAAUAGUUGGAUGAAAUGGUCCGACUGUAAUGACAGUUGUGGCAGUUGUGGGACUAGACAACGUUUUCGUAGCUGUCUUACAGCCCCAACUUGCAAUUGCACUGGAACGGCAUUUGAGAAGGAAGUAUGUAAUACCCAAGUCUGUCUUUACCCUAGAACUUCUUGUUGUCCAACUUUUUCACCUGCUUCUGUCAAUAAUACAUUUACUUGUGUACCUUCUGAUAAUUUAUCAACACAAAGACCAAAUACAAGAAAAAGGCGAUAA